AGUAACGUUGUACAGGCUUUGCUAUCAAAUCAUACUGCUUACGGCUGCUGCACAGAUACCAGCAGGGAGGCUAACACACGCUCGGCGUUCCACAUGUACUUCUAGCCUGUGGUGGUGUUAGCUUUGAUGGAAGCGGAUGAAUCCCGUGUUAUUCGCUGGUUUCUUUGUAUUUGCCAGUGCUGUCUUGGGCGAUAACAAAGGAAGGAUAGCCAGUGUAAUAUCAGCUGUCCCUGACCUGCUACUUUAGCCACUGCCGUUAGCCAUCAGUUGUUUUCUGUUGAGCCGUUAGUGCUCACUUGAGAGCCGCCGACAUUAGUUAAACCGAGGAGGUUUUCGAUGCUAAUCGUAGCAUUGUGAUCUUUACUCUCCCCGUUACUCAGGAUCGCCUCUGCGUUUCCACUCAAACUUGGCAUCAACGUGAUUUCACUGUAAAUACGUGCAUUUUCUGUUCGGCUGCGGAACGCUACAGAGAAUGAAAAUUGUGACGCAGUUGUUUAAAACAUCUUUCAUUGCCUGCUGCAGCGGCGCCGUGGGGCUUUGCGGCACCUACUUAAGCUGCCGCAAAACGUAUGCGCCACGCCAGUGUGCCAGGAGCCCUCUAUAGUUAGAUAUUUUUUUAAACAAAGCAAUGUUAAAUGCAUUCAAUCAGUUGGGGUAAAUGUUGGGGGGUAGAUGGGUCAGAAAGAAAUAGUUGUUUUGCCAAUGUUUGGGAGUUGUAGUUUACUUUCGCGGGCAGAGCCGAGGUUUCAGCUGCCUCCAUGGCGGAAGUGGACUACAAAGCCCAUGCGCCCUGCUCUCCAGAUACUUUGUAAACUCUGUGCAAGUUGCGCGUCUGCACUGCUAUUUUAGGUAUGCAGCUAGUGCUAUCUAUUCGGCUGUGUGUUGCUUUGCCUGCUUGUGGCCUUUAGAGAUACAUGAGCCGCCUCGGUGUUCGAUGACAGCCCCUGAACUACAAUGCACACAUGACAUUUGGUAACAAGGUAGCGUGCACGAUCGGACGGAUUUCGAGUUUGCAUGUUUGUGUCGAGUGGUCCGGGGAGUCACUCCCUCAUUCGUGUCCGAUUUUUUUCUUCUGUCCGUGAUGGAACGUAAAGCUUCUCUCUAGAAAUCAGACCAGAGUCAUUUGAGCCAUGUAGAGUGAUUGGAGAUUGAAACCACUGGUCCUUGUUGGUGCUGUGAUAAUGUCACCCUCUUGUACCCUUGUAUCAAGCCUAUUUUCAGCUGAAUUCCCACUUGAGUACACUGGCCAGCAUCCAUAAGAUCCACCACACCUUGCACAGGCUGAACCUGACAGAAGACGUUGGACAGGAUAGCCACCCCACAGCUUGUUGCUCCAGAGCCAUGCCUCCUAGGAAAAAGAGGAGACCAUCUGCUGGAGAUGACAUGUCAGCCAAGAAAAGUCGCCAGGACAGAACUGCUGCAGAGCUUGAGACUUAACUGUCUUAUCAUGUGCAGUGUUUUCAGAAAACAUGAAACGUCACAAAUUCGAGAGGAAGAGACGUUUUCUAGUAAAAGGUGCUUGGAGUGGUUCUAUGAAUAUGCAGGCUGUGAUGAUGUGGUGGGUCCAGAAGGCAUGGAGAAGUUCUGUGAGGACAUCGGCGUGGAACCAGAGAAUGUGGUGAUGCUGGUUCUUGCUUGGAAGCUGGAUGCCCAGAGUAUGGGAUAUUUUACUCUCCAGGAGUGGCUGAGAGGCAUGGGCUCACUGCAGUGCGAUUCCACGGAGAGGCUGAGGAACUCGCUCGAUUACCUGAGAUCUGUCCUAAACGACAGCACCAGUUUUAAGCUCAUUUAUAGAUACGCCUUUGAUUUCGCUCGGGAAAAGGAUCAGAGGAGUUUGGACUUAAACACAGCAAAGUGUAUGCUGGGGCUUCUUCUGGGAAAGACGUGGCCUCUGUUUCCAGUGUUUAAUCAGUUUCUAGAGCAAUCCAAGUACAAAGUCAUCAACAAAGACCAGUGGUGCAAUGUUUUAGAGUUCAGCAGGACAAUCAACCUGGACCUCAGUAACUACGACGAGGAUGGUGCUUGGCCUGUUUUGUUGGACGAGUUUGUGGAAUGGUACAAGGAAAGACAAAUGUCCUAGCCGCAGAGCAAAGUGGAGAAAUUGAAUAUAUAUACAACUGUGACAACAACGACUUUGAGAAUCAACAACCAAUAAGUAAACAAUACAAAAUGGUAAAGCAGUGACAGUGGGAGCUUCCUAGAAAAGGAGGGGUACGGGCUGUGGGGUGGGACUGGGGUGGGGGUGAUGGGAGAUGGGUUUGCAGCCUGGGUGCGUGCUGCCCAGAGUGCGGAUGCGGAGGGCUGCCAUUGUGGAGUUAUGUUUCCUACCGAAAGUUGCGUAGUGGGCAGCUUGCAACGGUCCCCAGUGGCAUUGCUCUCUCUCACUGUGACAUGUCAUAUUGCUGUCUGUGUAAGGAUAACAUGGUAUCAUGCAUGGAUGAUGGAAGCAAAAUGGUAUUGUGUGGGAGGACCACUCCUCAACCCUUAUCUGCAGCACAGAGCAACCAACACAAGUGACCAUACAUGCAUUGUGUCUGAGUCUUAAACAGGGUCACUUUGACCCAGGCACAUUUAAAUAUUAUGUAUCUGUGCAAUGAACUUGAACUUAAGCUUUUCUUUCCGGACGGAUGGCACUAACUAUUGUUUGUCAUGUUUUAAGUUGGAGUACUUUUUAAGAAGCACACUGUGUCAAAUGGUUGAUUGCAGGUUUCUGAUGCCUGUGCUGUUUACUGUUGAUUUGUGCCAGUGAUUUUUUUUUCUCCCCCCUCCAGUUUCUGUUCCCUCCUGCUGUUUUGCUUCGGCUAACGCUAACAGGUUUCUAACCCCCCUGCAAAGGCCUCAGACCUUUUAACACCAAACAAAACAGCAUUGCUGCUUACUAACUCUUAUUACAGUACAGCGGUGAGCCACUAGUGCUCUGAUCAGCAUUUAUUGGUCUGGUGACCAAUUUAUGUAUCUACGUUGUGUAGGUAAGAGUAUUAUUGUGCCUCAAACCUUGGAAGUCACUUUGUGUGUCCCACACAUGUACCAACAAACCCAAAUGUACAGUAUAUACACGUGUGAAGACACUUACAACACACACACACACGCUCAUGCACACACACACACACAGACACACUUGAGUGGUCAGGGAUUAUUUCAGGAUUAAUUCAGACUGUUUGGACUGUGUUAUCAGUUGACAUAGAAAUAGUUGGUGUCCAUUUUGUCUUUAUGUGAUAUUUGUUUUGUCUUCCUUAGUCCAUUGAUAGUUUCAGGUCUCCUCUCUAGUGAGCAUCUCUCUCAACACUGACAGUGUUAAUGUAACUAAAGUGGAAGACCAGUGACCCUCUCAGGACGAGGUCCUUAAGGCUUGAGUAGUACUGUAGGUUUGCUGAAAGCAUUGCUUUGUACCACCCAUAGAAUCUAAUCAAAACAAUGGACACUGACAGUUUGGAGCUGUGUGAAGAUGCUAUGCUCUCCUUUCGCCUAGUAUAAUGUUCUUGUAACACAUGUAUAAAUUUUUGUCUCUGGCUGUUGUGUGAUGCUGAAUCGUCUGAAGAUUUAAUAUUUGCAUGCAUGCUCCAACAGAGCCUUUUGUGAAUGGAUGAGAUUUUUUGAAAACAUUUUUCAAAUGCGUUUCUUUUGUUUUGUACAGGAAUUUGUGCAAAUGUUUUGUGCUUGAUUUUGAUAUUCACGACCAUGUUCUCCUAAUUCUGAUGAACAUGAUCGCGUCUAUUAAGACCUGGAACACACCUGUAACCUCACGGUGGAACAGGAGUUCCCUCCUGCAUUUUCCCACCCAUCGUACACAUCCUUACACAUGCUGCAAAGCCCUCGGCGGUUGCAGCCAGUACACAGGAUCUUAUUUUAUUUAUUUAAAGUUCUGCAACUUUUGCACCACACUGUCACAAUUCACAUGAAGUAUAUGUGAAGAUGUACAUCAGCCCCCAUUUUAGUCCCCUGCAGCUGAAACUAUGAAAGCCUAUAUUGUCCUUACAAUACAUCAAUCAUCAGCAUAAAUCUAAGAUCAAGGUAGUUGUUACCAGAGUUUUCUCCCAUGACAAUGCAGGAGGAUGAACAGCCUUGUCCCAACUGUAUAUAUGUAUGUAAACUAUGUAAGUGUCUAUAUGUCUGUUUUCACUAUAACCUAUGUCUAUAUACAUAAAUAAAAUGGUUUAUUAACUUAA